CUGGGCAGCUUCAGGGGCAGUCUGCAGCCCACUUUCCAGAGGAGACACCCUGAAUGCAGCCAUGCCGCUGCCCCUUGCCUGCUGCCAGGACGGGGAAGUUCUGACACCACCCCAGGACAGCAGCGCGCCCCAGCUCGUUGUCGGCAUCCUACGAGCCACCCGGAUCCCCGGCCUGCACUACAUGUGUACCCGGCCCCAGUCCCGCCUGCGCCGCCUGCUCUGGAGCCUGGCCUUCCUGGCCUCCGCCGGGCUGCUGGCCACCGGCGCCGCCGACCGCCUGCACCACCUGCUCUCGCGGCCCGUGCACACCCGCGCACGCCUCGCCUGGGCACCCCAGCUCCGCUUCCCGGCUGUCACCCUCUGCAACCCCAACCGGGCACGCUUCCUGCACCUCACCAAGCCCGACCUCUACUCGGUGGGAGAGUGGCUGGGGCUGGCCCGGGAGAACCACUCGCUGGUGCCCGAGAUGCUGGCCGUGCUGGGGGAGGACCAGCGUGCCUGGCUGACGCGUCUGGCCAACUACUCGCGCUUCCUGCCACCCCGCCGCUCCGAGCGCACCAUGCAGAGCUUCUUUCACCGCCUGGGCCACCAGAUCGAGGACAUGCUGGUGGAGUGUCGCUUUCAGGGAGAGCGCUGUGGCCCCCAGCACUUCACUCCCGUGAGUUCCCUCCUGGAAGGUGCAGGACAGCUGGGCUGCCCCAUCGGUACUGGGAAUGAUGCUUCACCCCCACUCCAGCAAGGGUGGAGGAGUGGUGCAGUAGGGAGUCAGGCUGAGAUGAGCCUUUCCAAAGGUCAUGAAAGACUGUACCUUCCUUCCAUCACCUCCUUGGAAUCAAAAAGGAGUUUCUGGACCUCAUCCUGCUUGCAGAAUACUCGACCAGAUCCCCGCCUGCUCCCUUACCACUGCUCUCUCCAU